AUGACGCUCAAGGAGGAGUUCCAGACACGAAACUUCAGCAUUUACGGACAAUGGCUGGGAAUUCUUUCCAUGAUUAUCUGUCUGGCUGUUGGUAUUGCCAACAUCUUCUCAUUUAAUGUUGUUCGCAUCAUCUUCUGCGCUUUUGCCAUCGCAUCAUCGUUUAUCAUCCUGUUCAUCGAGGUCCCUCUUCUCCUCCGUAUCUGCCCGACCUCCGGCAAGUUCGACGAGGUGAUUCGCAAGAUCUCGACCAACUACAUGCGCGCAGCUGCCUACGGUAUCAUGUCUGCUCUUCAGUUCAUCAGUAACGUUAGUGGCGCAAGCAGUCUGAUUGCCGCUGCUGUCUUCCUGCUUCUUACUGCUCUGUGCUACCUGCUUGCCGGUGUCAAGGGACAGGCCUUUGUGGGUAGCAAGACCCUCGGUGGUCAGGGUGUUGCGCAGAUGAUUGUAUAG